AUGUUCCUGGGCUGGAUCUUAGUUCUGAUCGUAGACGAGUGCAUCGCCCUCUCCCUAGGCGAGCUCGCCUCCCGCUAUCCCACCUCAGCAGGCCCCUACUACUGGUCCUUCCAACUCGCCCCUCCCCGCUUCCGCACCGUCCUCUCUUUCGUCACAGGAUGGACCUGGCUGAUAGGCAACUGGACAAUUACUCUCUCGGUCAACUUUGGGUUUGCCUCCCUCAUCGCCGCCUGCGUGGCGCUGUACCACCCUGAUUUUAUCAUUGAGCCGUGGCAGUUGCUGCUCAUCUUCUACGCGAUCUGCGGUAUAACGUUUUUGAUAUGCGCUUACGGGAAUAGGUUGCUGCCGGCGGUUGAUACCGCCUGCGCGGCGUUUACUGCCGUGGCGAUUUUGGCGACGCUUGUUUGUUUAUCUGCCAAGGCGGAGGUGGGGAGGAAUGAGGUGGGGGAGACGUUGGGGGGGUAUGAUACCAGUUUGAGUGGGUGGGGGGGUUUCAGUUUCUUCAUCGGGGUGUUGCCGGCGGCGUAUACGUUUAGUGCCAUUGGGAUGGUGUCGGCCAUGGCGGAGGAGUGUGAUGAUCCGGCGGUCAAGCUGCCGAGGGCGAUUGCGCUUUGUGUGCCGGUUGGGGGGGUUGCUGGGCUUUUCUUCAUCAUCCCUAUAUGCGCCACCAUGCCGGCCUUGGAAUACAUCCUCGACGCCCCCGUCGCCCAGGCUUUGCCUUACAUCUUUGCUGCUGUCAUGGGCUCCCCCGCUGGGGGCUUGGGACUGAGCAUCCUCGUCCUGAUCAUCACGUUCUUUUGCUCCAUCUCCAUCACCGUCGCCGCGUCGCGUUGCACCUGGGCGUUCGCCCGCGACAAGGCCAUACCUGUCUCGAGACUCUGGAGCAGGGUUGAUGCCCGCCGCGGGGUGCCCAUCUGGGCUCUGGCGCUGACGACAGUUGUUCAGAUGCUGCUCGGGCUGAUCAACCUUGGGUCGUCGUCUGCCUUCUUGGCGUUUGUCUCUGUGGGCGUGAUAUCACUUGCCGUGUCGUAUGCGAUUCCCAUCUCGACCAGCAUGUGGCAUCGCCGGAGGGAGGUGAAUGCCGCGCGGUGGACGAUGGGGGCGAAGGUUGGGUGGGUGGUAAAUGUGAUUGCCGUGUUGUGGAUUGUGUUUGAGACGGUGCUGUUUUCGAUGCCGCAGGUGUUGCCGGUGGAUGAGGUGACGAUGAAUUAUGCGAUUGUGGUGUUUAUGGGGUUUAUGGUGUUGAGUGCGGUUUGGUAUGGGGUUUAUGCGAGGAAAGUUUAUGUUGGGCCUCCUGAGUCGGAUGGGAUUAAAGUUGAGAGGUGAUCGAACGGUAGGCAUGUUUGCAGCGCAAUGGAAGAUUUGAUUUGAGAUUUACAGGCCUAUGAUGAUCAAGUGGUAUUGUGCCGGCUAUUGCUAUGGCUAUGGCUAUGGCGGGUGAUGGUAACACGUUAAACCUGGUCCGCUAGUGUCCGCUUCGGCUGCGGGUUAGAAUGCCAGAGCUAAGGCUGUGAUGCUACGGUAGGUAUUGCUUACUGUGGGUCGCCAUAUUGAGAGACUGCCAUAUGACACAAGGGAAUAUCUUACCUGCUGUACGGCCUGUCAUUGAGGCAACAAGAAUAUGUUGCUGGUAGCAUAGGUAAUAAUACCAUCGCCGUCCAUCGAUAGCAGUCCCACUGCCAUCGAAGCUCCCCCUCCUCCCCCAAUCAUCUUCAUCAUCAUCUAUAUAAACCGCCAUCAACAUCUCUCCCCUCCCGCACAUCGUCACAUCACCCCAUCACAAUCAGCAAACCUCGAACACACACUCUCAACCAUCACCCCCGCCAUAUCCACUACUCUCACCCACUUUGGCGCCUUGGACAUCGUAAUCAACAACGCGAGGCUACCUCCUCACCGGGGACAGCAAGUCCAUCCUCCUCUCCCGCGCCACCUCUCCCUUGCCCAAGACCAAUUCCAGACAAACUUCUGGGGUCCGCAGCCUUCCUAACCUUACAUGCGGUUCGACACGUGGGGCAGUCUGGUGGUAAAGGGGGGGGGGAGGGGGUGAUUUUGAAUAUAACCUCCAUCGGCGGCCGGCUUACCGCCCCUGGUAGUGCGUUUUAUCACGCGAGUAAAUUUGCUCUUGAGGGGUUUACAGAGAGUGUGAGAAAAGAGUUGAGGCCGGAGUGGAAUGCGAAAAUGGGGGUUGUUGAGAUGAAGGGAAUGGAUUUCUUGGAAUCUCCGCUCGAUGGGUUCGGCGGUAGUUUAGUAUACUAGGCUAAAAUGAAGUCUUGGAUUGCUA